AUGUAUAGUUACGACAUGGAGAAUCCCGUUGCCUCAUCACUAAUUGACUCCCCACUCGAUCCCUUCAAGGAAAGAGACAACGACCAGGAUGGUGACAUGAAAAACCUCGAGCACGGGAAUGAAAAUAAUUCCUCGGAAUCGGAUGAUGAAGAAAAUAAAGAACAAGAUAUUCAUGAACUGGAAACCGAGGAGAAAAUGCCAAUGGUUGAAGCCAACGUCCCACUAGUCAGUGACAGAAAUGUCACUGACGCACAGCUAGUUGGUGUUCAUCCAGAAGCGGAACCCGAAAAGGAAAAAGAACAAAUGCUCCCACAAGAAAAUGAUGAAGCUCCUUUACGCAGAUCACGCAUAACAUGCAAAAAGGUAAAAGCAUUGGCUUACCAACAUCCGACGACGAGGCCAUGA